UCAUCCGACUCUGAGUGAUCAGAUCAGUGAAAGGGUAAAGAGGAGCAAAAUGAGUGCAGUAGGGACGCAGCAACUGCAUAACGUGUUCGUUUACGGAAUUCUCAUGGCGGAGGACGUUGUUCCGGUUCUCUUAAAGCGCGUUCCUCAGUCCUCUCUGGCUUAUCCUAUAUGGCUAGUCCGUCUCCGUCUGUGAUAAUCGAUACGUAAUUAGCUACAUUUCCUUUUCUUUUCCGUUUUAGGUAGACUCAUGUUUUGAACAAUCCUGUGUGGUGUGCUAUUGAGAACAAGUUUCUAAUGGAAUCUUAUAGCGGGAUCUUUUAUCAGGGAACUCGGAUAACGGAAUAUCCUCUGUAGAAAGUGAUUCUUAUAUGUAUUUAACAUACUUUUUGGAUAGAAAUUGGAGUCUCCAUCCCAGGAGCGUGGGGUUUUAUCGUCAUGAAUUAUAUUCACUUCACAUUUGGAGCGCCUAAGCCUAUUCUCUAGUGUGUUUUCACGCCAAUCGUCCUUAUCUGUGACAUCUAUUCUCUCUAUCCGUCUUGUCUUCGUCAAUUGGAGAAUAUCAUUAGAAGAACUGCCAGAAGCUCUGGUAGAAGCACAUAGAACAGGAGAAGAGUUGGACAAGAGUAAAGUUCUGAAAUGGGAGGACUAGGUGAUCCAGCCAUUUGCAUUGAUAGCGAUAUUGCUGCCAUCUUGGCUACUCAAGGGGUUGAAUUCCUUCUCUCUGGUGAAGGCAAGGUGCCCUUAUCCUCGUGUGAUGGAAAGACAAUUUGUCUCUUCUUCUCAGCAAACUGGUGCAGGCCCUGUAGAACUUUCUGCCCUCAGUUGGUUCAGCUUUAUAAUACCUUAAAUACUAAGGGUAAGAACCUUGAGAUUAUUUUCGUCUCCUUCGACCAUGACGAGAAUGGAUUCAAGGAACACUUCAAGCCCAUGCCAUGGCUAGCGGUUCCAUUUGCGACAAACUUGCAUAAACGAUUAAGCGGCAUGUAUCAUGUUGAUCGGAUUCCAUCCUUGAUUUCGUUAAGUUUGGAUGGAUUAUCAGUCGGAGAGGAUCUUAUUGGCUUGAUUGAAGACUACGGUGACGAAGCAUUCCCCUUCACCAAGCAGAGAAAGGAGGAAUUGAAGGCUGCUGAUGAUGCAAAAUGCCAAGGUGGAAAACUGGAGGACCUUUUGGCGCACAAAGGAAGAAAUUAUGUUAUAUCUAUGGAUGCUAAAAAGUUGCAGAUAGCAGUAUCGGAACUCGUUGAUAGGACAAUUGGCCUUUAUUUUGGUGGACAUUGGUGUCCACCCAGCCGCUCUUUCACAAAGCAACUUAUAGAAGCUUACAAUGACCUCAAGACGUCAACAUCCACGGAACAAUUCUUUGAAAUCGUCUUUGUCUCUACUGAUAGAGAUUGUAAGGAAUUUGAUCUAAAUCUUAGUAGCAUGCCAUGGCUUGCAAUUCCAUACGAAGACAGGACCAGACAAGAUCUUUGCAGGAUCUUCAAUGUGAAGGGAAUUCCAGCUUUAGUUAUUGUCGGACCAGAUGGGAAGACCAUUACCACAAACGGGAAGUCCAUGAUCGCAUUGUACGGUGCCAAGGCUUACCCAUUUACAGAAUCCAGGAUUGCAAGCUUGGAAGGAGCCUUGAGGAAAGAAGGCGAGGCAUUGCCUCCCCAAGUGAAGGAUAUAAAGCAUGAACAUAUACUGAAGUUGGACAUGGCUAAAGCUUAUGUCUGUGACUCUUGUCGAAAGCAAGGAAAGUUCUGUGCAUUCUCUUGUGAUGUCUGCGACUAUGACCUUCACCCUUCUUGCGUUGAACCCACGUCCUAAAGAAUUAUAUCAAAAAUACUGAGUAUAAGUUCUGCAGCUUAGUAUACGUCUCCCUUUGGAGAGGGAUUAGUUCUGAAUUGCAUGCAACUUCAUUAUAUAUUUAUAUAUUGCAUCUUGAUUAUGUUUUUUUUUGUAAAACCUUUGCUUGGCACCAUUGUUGGACAAGCAUGUAUGUUUACAAUGGUUGGCAAAAAAGACAAAAAAUAAUAGUAUUAUCUAUAUAAAUAAGAUAAAUAAAUUGCUCUUUUUUUU